UAGCCUACACGUUAAAGAAGAAAGAUAACUCUGUUUUUAUAGUCGUUUUUGUUAGUCCCUGUCUCGUACUUGUACAUUUAUUACAAGUCGUAAUUUAUAAUGUUUAAAAGGAAAUUGUUGGCUCUUGACUUUCCAGAUCCAGACACUUUUGAUUUGAAUGAUGAAUCCAAAUUUCACUCCAUACUUUUAUGGCUUGAAGAUCAGAAAAUAAGACACUUAAAAAUUGAAGACCGAGCCCCCUUGAGAGGACAAGGUGAAGAAUGGAAUAAAGCUUUUGAAGCGUAUUUAAAGUCUCUGAAUUGUCCUUAUGAUUUAACAAACAAACCUGUUUUGUUAGACUGGUUGUUAGGCUAUGCUGCCAGACUGGAGUAUGGGGAUGGAUUGGAAAAAUAUAAAAAUGUUACACCUGAAAAAUACCAACAACGAAAAAAUCAGCUGCAGGGUGAAUCUUCUAAUCCUCUAGACAGCUUAGACUUUGAUAGUGCUGAGUUUAAGGCAGGUGUAACAUCAUUGGCAAUGCUUCUUCAAGUACCUCCCCAUCAGGAUCACUUGGAACAGCUCAAGGCUAUUUGUCUUAUCAUAGAGGAAAAAUUUUCAACAGAAGCCAUUGAAGCUUCUAAAAAAGUAAAUAAGGAAAAGGAUGAGCAUAUACCCCUGGAAAAAACAGAGCUGGGAUUUGAAGCAGGAGACUAUAUAAUAAACGAUGCUGCAAAGAUUUUACGGCUCCUUCACUUACGAGAUCUGAGAGACUUGCAGACAAAGAUCAAUUCAGCAAUUGUGGCUGUACAAGGAAUCACAGCCAAUCCAAAAACUGAUACUAAACUUGGAAAAGUGGGCAGAUAGAACAAAUGUAAGCCAAAAUCUUAUUCUGAUGCAUCAGUUGAUUUGACUCUUUAUUUUUUAGCUAGUCUCUUUAGUCAGGUUCUAUUUACUUACGCACAUAUUAACCCCCGCCCUCCUAAAUACAUGAUUUAACCCUUAUCCUUCCAUGAUUGUCAUGUGAAAGUCUUUUAGAGCAGUUUUAACAAGGACAUUAAAGCAUACCACCGCCUUCCAUAUUUUUAAAAUAGAUGAAGCCUGUCACUGAGUAAAUUGCUCAUGUUCAAAAUUCAAUGCAAGAGUAUGUGCUGUAUGAGAUGUCUGAUUUGUACCUGGUAGUUGCAACAUAUAAUUUGUAGGGUGUCAGUUUAAGUUUAUUACACUUGUGUGUAUAUAUACAAUGGCAUUUGAAUUUUUGUGUUGAAUUUUUGUGUUUUAUGCGCCAUGAGUAAUGUUUUCAUUACUGGUAAAAGAUUUACUUAUUAAGUUUGUUGUUGAUAUACAUAUAUAUAAUUCUUUUUGAAUAAAAUUGCUUGUUCAAAGAAUCUUUAUAGUCCAUAUUUAUUACCUAAAAACUGAUGUGAUCCGUUGUAUACAUUUUGUUGAAGCUCUUCCCUACAUCCACAGGAUACUUCAUUUCAGUACUACUUACCCUUUUUACGCCAUGAAAUUGUAGACUGAUUUUUUGUGUGGACAGCAAUGAGUUGUCAAAAUCUAAUUUGUGAAUGCGUAUUGUGUUUUUUAAAUAAUCAAAUUAACCCCCAAAAGUUUUCUCACAUCCACACUGCCACAAAUAAUCGUACAAAAUGAAAACUUUCUU